AUGAUCACUCAAACAAAAUCGAUAAAUCAAGCAUUAAGCAUUGUUAUUUCAUUAUAUAUUAUAUUCGAAUUACAAUUUGGUACGUACAACCGAGUUAUUCAUUUAUUGUAUGGAAUAUUGCUGCAAGAGCCAAGCAUUCUUUCGAAACAAUUACGACUUACAUUAAAACAAUGGAAUUUUCACAUUGAUAAAAAAGAACAUACAAGAAGUAUGCAACCUGUUACAACUGCUUCAACAAAUAAUAAUACACAAACAAGCACAAUAAACGUUUUAAAAGAAACUGAAGGUAGUCAUGGCCAUCAAUCAUUUGAUAAUAAUUACCAAGAGGAUUUUAUCGGAAACACAGAUGAUACACAAAAUCCAAUAACAAUCAGUAUACAUUCAACUUCCUACAAGAACAUGGAAAAAUGUACAACACAAACAUCACCAUCAUCCAAUUCAUCAUCACCUAUUUAUCCAACAUUAAUUGUAGAUAUUGCAAUACUAGAGAAGCAAAAAUAA